AUGGAAGGCCUUUUAUUCAACGUGAACAAUGGCUACGUCGAGGGCAUUGUUCGCGGCUAUCGCAACAGCCUUCUCACCACACCGGCCUACAGCAACUUGACACAAUGCGAGACCAUCGAUGACUUGAAGCUGCAGCUUGGCCCUGCCUAUGGCGACUUCCUUGCAUCCCUUCCCCCGAACCCAUCAACAUCUGCGCUCGCCUCCAAGACAACAGACAAGCUCAUCUCGGAAUUCCGAUAUGUGCGCGCUAAUGCUACGGGAUCCCUGGCCAAGUUUAUGGAUUACGUGACGUACGGCUACAUGAUUGACAACGUUGCCCUUCUCAUUACCGGCACCCUUCACGAACGAGACACGCGAGAGCUCCUGGAGCGAUGCCACCCAUUGGGUUGGUUUGAGACCAUGCCCGUGCUUUGCGUCGCGACCAACGUGGAGGAGCUUUACAACAGCGUGCUGAUCGAGACUCCUCUCGCUCCAUACUUCAAGGGCAGUCUCAGCCACCAGGAUUUGGAUGAGCUCAACAUUGAAAUCGUCCGAAACACGCUCUACAAGAACUACCUCGAAGACUUUCACAACUUCGUCAACACCCAUUCCGAUAUGGCUGGCACACCUACUGCUGAGGUCAUGUCUAACAUCCUUGAGUUCGAGGCUGACCGCCGAGCCAUCAACAUCACACUGAACUCCUUUGGUACUGAGUUGACCAAGGCCGACCGCAACAAGCUGUACCCGACCUUUGGAAAGCUGUAUCCUGAGGGCACCUUGAUGCUCUCUCGAGCUGAUGACGUUGAGGGUGUGCGUCUUGCCGUCGAUGGCGUUCAUGACUACAAGACCUUCUUUGAUGCUGUGUCUCUCGGUGGCUCGUCCGGCCCUGGCAACAUGGGCGGUGGUUCUGCCGAUGGGAAGAGCUUGGAGGACAUGUUUUACCAAAAGGAAAUGGAGAUUUCCAAAGACGCAUUCACACGACAAUUUACGUAUGCUAUCAUUUAUGCAUGGGUUAAGCUUAGAGAGCAGGAAAUUCGCAACAUUACAUGGAUUGCUGAGUGUAUAGCUCAGAACCAGAAGGACCGCAUUGGAAACUUUAUUAGCGUCUUCUGA